UUGAUUAGGAGUUCCAGGUUGGACCCAGCUCGGUCAUACCUGAGUAGGGAGGUCAUUUUUACAGCGCAUAUGGGUCUCUAACGUUGCUAGGCAUAGGCUUCUGAUGCCUGGCGAAGACUCUGGGGCGUAUUUAUCCGUACAUACUUCGUGGCUUUUUAGGUACCUCCUGCGCCUCACGACACGGCCACUUGAACCUGUCUGUAGUUUGGACCUAAUAACGGUUGUUCACUUGAAAAUCUGUUCCCUGUCUACCGGCUAUUUACUGAAGUGCGACAUUGUAGACUCAAAACGGGCGCUUAACCUCCUGAGAAGUUUCCCGCCACGAUGAUGCGCUUCGAGAAUGCCAUUAGAUUUCAUGAGCGUUGCCUCAUAAGCCCUAAUCUCGUGCAGCGCCUCCCUUCUGGGAAUUCCGGAUCUGCGAAGCGGCGGGACAAGCGCAAGCAAGGGCGAGGCAAGGUUGUGCUUAUAACGGGGUGCUCCGUUGGCGGCAUCGGAUAUGCUCUUGCGGAAGAGUUCGCGCGUCGCGGGGCGACAGUGUAUGCGACGGCUCGGCGACUGGAGGCGAUGGACGGGCUGGCAGAGCUUGGCGUGCGACUGCUGCCGCUCGACGUCACGUGCAUCAGAUCCAUCCAGGAAGCAAUCUCUAGAGUGACGUCGGAGUGUGACUGUAUUGAUGUGCUGGUGAACAACGCGGGAUUCGGCGCGCCGUCUCCAGUUGCUGAAAUUCCCCUCGAUAGACUGCGACUGGUUUACGAAACAAAUGUCUUUGGCGCUGUAGCGCUGUCGCAGGCAGUGUUUCCCCACAUGGCUGAACACGGUAGCGGGACCAUCAUUAACAUGUCAAGUGUCAGCAGCUACACCCACCGCCCCUUUACGUCAGCCUACUCAGGAAGCAAGGCAGCUCUCAACGCGGUUACAAACUGCAUGCGAGUGGAAAUGAAACCGUUCGGGAUUCGCGUGGUGCUCGUAACACCUGGUUACAUCCGGACCAACAUCUUCAGCAAAACCGUCGCAGAUAUGCCGUCAAUUCCAGAUGACAGCUUGUACAAGCACCUUGAGUUGCGCAUGUGCCAGUCGUACGAGUAUCGCGCCGCGGAUACUGGCAACCCACCUGCUUCGGACCUGGCUGAGCGAAUUGCUGACGCAGCGUUUGCGAAGCGGCCACCAAUUCGGGUCGUGUUUGGGCGACAUGCAUUUGCAGGAGUGCUGUUCGGUUCCCUGUCCUCAUGGCUACAAGAUUGGAUAUCCACACGGCUGUAUGGAAAGGGACAGAAUCUAUAAUGGUGUUGUCAACCAAUUCUCAUAAUAGAAAAAGGUUUCUUUGUCAAACAUUAGUAUAUCUAGUGUUUGUAUAGACUGUAUAGGGUCACCUUUUAGAGAGUACA